AUGAAAUAUUAUGCUCUACAUCUAUAUAUCGUACCGGCCGCGCCGCGUGAGCAAAAUUUUGAGCAACUUAGGAACGUCGACGGUCUGAGGGGAGCUCGGGCGCGACCGGCUUGGACAGGGCUGGACGGUGUGACGGGCGGCCGGCGGGCGCGGAUCACAUCCUGCGGCCAACGAUACGUCAACAAACAAAGACGGAAACACUACAUACAACUAGAACAAGAUGGACGAAAGAGAGGCGGAGGGCCGCGACAACACAACGAACGUAUCAACUACAGAACAGAUUACAUAGUCUUGGCGCACACAUGGAUGGACGAUGAAUUACUUUUUUUAUCCUUGGACGUUCUAAACAUUCGUACCGAGUAA